UGGUUAAAUAAAAUAUACUGUACAUUUACUGUUAGAUAUUAAAGUGUAAUCUUAACAAAAGAUUUUAAAUUUUAGAUUCGUAAUGAAUUUGUAAUCUAAUUGUAGAUCUCGUAAUACCGCUUGGUAAUGUUAACUUAUUAUGUUAUCGGCUUGCAAAAACAGUUUAAACACUGUAACACUGGUAAAUUUUAAGAAACGGCCAUCAGUUAGAGCUUCACAUGUCAUGAACAAUCAGGUAGAUGCUAUUAACGAAGGUUACUUAGUACUAGUUGAAAAAGGGAAAAAAAAUGAAAUAAAAUAUUACUUUAAAUUGGAUGCACGUAAAAGGAAGUUUGAAUAUUAUUAUGAUAAAGACGCAUAUAAAAAUGAAAAAAUUGUUGAUUCUAUUGAUAUAAACUAUAUUACAAAGGUUUCCAGAAUACAAAAAGAUGAAGAAAAGUUUAAAUUUGAGGUCUGCACAGUAUUUAAAAAUUUUGAACUGAUUUGUGAGAGCAAAGAUGAAAGAGAUAAAUGGGUUUAUUCACUAACUAAAGCAGCAACUUUACAUACAACAACCCAAAAUUCCACUGUGAAAAAAAGUACAUCCUUUGAAAAUCUUAGCACUACUCAACCUAUAGCAAUCCCACACAGGACAACUGUUCAUGGUGGUAUGGUAUUUAGAAAACCAAUUGCAAAAGAAAAUAUUUUAGAGGGGUGGUGCUGGAAGCAAGGUGGAGUUGUCAAGAAUUGGAAAAGAAGAUAUUUUCGUCUAAGUAAUGGAGAAUUAUCGUAUUAUGAUACAGAACAUGUAAAAGAUCCAAUUCGCACCAUAAUGAUGAAACAUGUGAAAUCAGUUAAUAUUUUGCAGAAGUAUUGUCAACGCCCAAUUCUGCUUGAACUGAAAACAGAUAAAAGAAACUUUUUUAUACAGAUUACUCAAAAAGUAGAAAUGCAUUGGAAAUAAAUUUUUGCACCCGUCAAUGUAAUACUAUAAGGCCGGAAGACGAAAAAGACUUAACAAAAUGGAAGAAUGCUAUCGAAAAAUGCCUUUCACAGUCUUCCAGAUUUUAUCAUAGAUCUGGCUCGCUGUAAAUGUCUCACUUGUUUUGCCCUAUAAAUAUCUCAUUUUCUCUUGUCCUUUUUUCCUCUAAACUUUAAUAAAUACUUAAGAUCUUGCUGUUUUAAAUGUUUUUUCUAUUCUUUUAUAUUUUUAUAUCUUUUUUUUUAUAUAUAUAAUUUUUGGUUUUUAUAAAUGUACAUCUUUUUUAUCUUCACUAAAAUAAAUAUUUAUGUAAUAUUUUUAAAAUGUUUAGCAAUUGAUGUUCAAAGAA